AUGUCGAUAUCAGAGACAGUCCUACCAAGCAUUGAGGACCCAAAUAUCCUUACAACCUUUCCGAGCCCUGGCCCCAGUUCCAGUGACCGAGAGAUAAUCCAGAGUCCCGAGAUGCAACGGGUGUUGGACAAGUUCCCCAGCAUUGAUAUCGAGAAAGCUCUUGACAUCCGGGCAAAACGGACACGCGAGUCCACCCAACGCAUUAGCAAGCGGCCUACUAGUCUUUCUGGCUGGUUCUGUCGAAAGCGAGGCCUGAGGAAUCUCUUCAAAGAUAUUCCUCUCAACAAUACCCAGGAGACGACCAACAAAGAUUUCCGUCUCUGUCGAAACACCAGCCAGCGUCACGGUGAUCAACACACGCUGGAAUGGUUCGAGAAGAGGGGUAGCCAUAUUAUGAUUGUCAGUCGUUUUUCUCGCAAUAUGGGCAAGCACCGAGGUCAAACCAGACUCAAGCUCUGGACCAGGUUUCACAAAAACAUACGAGAUGUUAUCAACCAACGAAUUCAAGAGAUCGAGAACGGUGAUGGGGAACUUGCGAGAGCUUUCUACAUCAUCCAGGUCAUAAAUACACCCCAAGAGUUAGCCUGGCACCUCAUUCGCAAGCAUCCCUGGUCAAGCACCUAG